AUGUCUGAUACUUCAUCCAAUUCACAAUCUAAUGAUAUUGUCGCUACACAGACUCAGGUUGCGAGCCAAACGUUACAUAUGACCAUAAGUCAUAAUGAAAAGCCUGCGAAAUUCAAUGGAGAGAAUUUCAAAACAUGGCAACAGAAAAUGUUGUUCUAUUUGGCGACAUUUAAUCUGGCCAAAUUUUUUAAGGAUGAUCCUCCUACUAUUAGAGAGGAUGAAGUGGAUGCUGCAACUGUAUUCAAUAUUACCGAAGCAUGGAAGCACUCUGAUUUCCUAUGCCGUAACUACAUCUUGAAUGGUUUAUCUGAUGCACUUUAUGAAGUAUACAACAUAAAGAAAAUAGCUAAGGAACUAUGGGAAUCAUUGGACCAUAAAUACAAAACUGAAGAUGCUGGUGCUAAGAAAUUCUUAGUUGCCAAAUUCUUAAACUUUGUAAUGGCUUAUUCUAAAACUGUUGUGAAUCAAGUGCAAGAAUUCCAACUGAUCAUUCAUGGUAUUCUCGAACAAGGGAUGAUUAUAAGUGAAUCCUUUCAGGUGGCAACCAUUACUGAAAAACUUCCGCUUGCUUGGAAUGACUUUAAGAAUUAUCUUAAGCAUAAGAGAAAAUAA